UUUGUUAAAAAUUGUUUUAUAUGAAUUCUAAUCACGAUGCACAAAUUAAAGGCAAAAUCAUUCAAAAGUACAGAAUCAUCAUCAGUAUCGGCACUUGGUGGUUCGCCCUUUACUUGAUAUCGACCCGAUACCAAAACGUGCUGUAUCGCCGCCACCCUACUGAGCACAUGCUUGCCGCGCUGCACAGAUGUGAGUCAUUGGUGUGAUUAGGCAGGAAGUGUGUAUAUAGUUUGCCUUUCAAGGUGCGCUGCUUGAGUGAGUCACGAUGAUCCAUCUCUGCAUCGGCGUGAUAAUCUUGGCUGCGUUCGCAAAAGCUGCGGUGAACGAUGCAGGUGUGGUGGACAAGCGAUUUGUUGGCGUCAUGCAUAAUAACGAGUACCAGUCCUUCUUUGCAGCCAUCAACAUCGUCUGCGGCACAGACGGCGUCAACGCCACGUGGAGGCUUAGUCGCCAGUUGGUGCCCUACGCGACUCGAUUCUUCCUGGGGAACUGCAUCCGCUCGAGCGCAACCAGGCUGACGGGCGGAGCGCUGCAGCUGAACUUCAACGCGGAUUUCACUGAAUGCAGAUUUAAAAAACAGAUGAAAGGCAAACGUAUCGUCUAUCUAAAUAAAAUGACCUACAGGCCACAGAGCAAGUCCAAACCUCCAGCUUAUACGUACCCCUUCCAAUGCGUCUCUCAAAGGCCACAGGAGUGGGUUCCACCCUUCCUGAACCCAGCAUCCAGUCUUUGCUCAGGCCGAGGCGACCUCGUCUUCCACAUGGCGCUCCUCAAUGAACAGUUGUCGGGCAUCGCACAGACAAACGUCAUCCCCCUGGGCUCCUUCAUGCCAAUCUGGGCGGCCGUGGAGCAACAAGCCCAUCAACCGUUGCGUCUGUUUAUGGAGGAAUGCGUUGCAGCCACCACCGCGGUGCUGCAGCCGCAGCAGCAGGUUUACCCCAUCAUUGGCAACAAAGGGUGUCUUACGGACAGCGUACAAGGAAAUUCAAUAUUCCUUCCUCGAUACCACUCAUCUGCUAUCGUCCUCUACCUGCAGUCGUUCGUGUUCGGAGUUGGAGAGGUGUACCUGCACUGCAAGCUGGUCGCCUGGGACCCUCAAGUCCUCGAUGAAGGCAAGAAGGCGUGUCAGUAUUCCAAGCAGACGGGCAAGUGGGAGCUGCUAGAUGAUCCAUCCCAGAAUGAGCUGUGUAGCUGCUGCGAUCACACCUGCAGGUCCUUGUCCAAAAGCAGAAGACACGCCGAACAGGAACCCCAGGGGCUCAGCCAACGUUCGGUGUUGGGACCCUUUGUGAUUGUGGAUGCUUACUAUGGAGAGAAGGCGGCUGCUGAUGGAUUUCUGUCCUAAGUGGAAACUUGUUGGCAUUAAAAGUGAUG